AUGUUUAGCGCACAACACCAGUACCAGCAACAUUUAAACACCCGUCGCAAUGACCAACCCAUUGACUUCCGCUACGGCCAGCAGCCGCCCCAGGCCCCAGGCCAGCAACACCAUACUGGUCCAGGCCAGCCGCCGUUGAACGUGCAGCCGCAGCAUAGCGCACCUCAUGCCGCCCAUCCUGGCCAGCAGCACCAGCAGCAACCUCCACAGUCGCAACAGCCUCAGCAGCAUCAACAAGCCCCGCCGCCCUCGCAACAGCAGCCAGCCACUGCGGCGGUCCCGGCCCCGGCACCGACACCGGUGGCACAGCGCGCACGUAAGCGGCCGAAUCCGGCUACGGCACAGCCUCCGUCUGCCGCGGCUUCCGCGACCUCGGCCUCUCCCAUCAUUCCUCCCCCGAUCCCCACACCGACUGUCCCUAACAAUACAGUGUCUGCGGUUCCGCCUCCGGCCAUUCCUGCGGGCGCACCCUUGACAAAGCCCCCCACGCCCGCUUCGGCAUCAGCUACCGGAACGCCUAUCAAGUUUGCGGCCCAGGCCGAACCUGGAAGUGUUCCGACACCGCCAGCAAAGAAAAGUCGCACAAACACGCCCUGGACACCAGCGGAGGAGCAUCGGCUCAAGCAAAUGCGUGAUGCGGGGAGCUCGUGGGCAGAAAUUGCCAAGGUCAAAGGCAGUGUCAAGAAGCACUGGUACAAGGAUAUGCACUACGCAGAAUUCGCCGAGGACGAAAGCCAAGCGCUUCUGAAUGCUAUCAAGGAGUACGAGAAUCAAAAGUGGAAGGUGAUCGGCCAGAAGGUUGGCAAGCCCGCCAAGGCUUGCGAACAAUACGCCAAAGAGCACUUUGCCGACCAGAUUCUCUCCGCGGGAAAGAGGUAG